UUGAUACUGAACUGUAAAACUUUUGAGUAAGCAUGCCACAUCAGCCCCUUACAGCGGGUCACAGAGGUCAGAUACACCGUCAAUAUGUGUUUAUACAUAGCUUAGACCGUUUUGUAACACUUAGGCCUUGAAUUGAUACUGAACUGUAAAACUUCUGAGUAAUAGUACCAGUCCGUGAGUAGAUGCUGAAGUGUGGUAUCAACGUGCAAUUAACUCGACCAGAAUCUCGCACCGUCCCCUGAAGCGCGACCGCACCGACUCCGGCGACCCAGGGCAGGGCUCCCCCCGCGACCUCGAUUCUAACCAUCGCCGAAACCCUCCAAAACCCUCGGAGCGCACGCCGACGCCAUGCGUCCGUCUCAGGACCGCCGCCCCUUCCGCCCGCCGGACCGGGUCUCGCCGCCUCCCCACCUCCACCGCCAGCAGCGCCUCCGCCAGCCGCCCCCGCACGCGCGGCAGUUCGCGGUGAUCCUCCUCCUCGCGGGCCCCACUUUCUCCUCCCCGCCGGCCACGGAGGUCGACGCCCUCGUCGCGGGCCUCCAGUCGCCGCCUCCCGACGGCCUCUCCGUCUGCUCCUCCGGCCGCCACGCCGCCCGACUCCUCUUCCGCUCCCUCCCCGCCGCCGCGGCCGCCGCGCGCGAGCUCUGGUCGCUCCGCCUCGACGGCCUCCACCUCCUCACCCCGCACCUCCCCGACGCCGCCCUCGCCUCCCACGCCUUCCCUCUCGUCGCCUCCCUCUUCGCCUCCCACGCGUCCCGCCUCCUCGACUCCGGCCUCAUCUCCCGUUCCGCCGCCCGCUCCGCUGAGCUCGCAGUCUCCAUCCAGUCUGUGAAACGCCGCCUGCGCGGUCACAAUAACUUCCGCGACUUCGAUCAGUUCAAUCUCCAGAAGAAAACGCUGGAGGCUGAGAAGGAAUUGGUAGAUGCCCGAAUUGCCGAGUACAAAGCAGCGAUGAGUUUGAUAACGCGCGCCAUGUUACGUGGGACGGAUGACGGGGAGGAGGUGGAGGAAGAAGGUGUGGAUGUGUUUGGGAUUGGGGAAGGAGAGGAUGUGGACUUUGUGAGGUUGCACAUGAUGAUGCUGCGCGAGUGCAGGACGCUCAACGAGGGGCUACCAAUCUACGCAUACCGCAGAAAGAUUCUCAAUCACAUUUUCAAUAACCAGGUUAUGAUCUUAAUUGGGGAAACUGGUUCUGGGAAAAGCACACAACUAGUUCAGUUUCUUGCUGACUCAGGUCUUUCUGGUAACGAUUCAAUUGUCUGCACACAACCUCGGAAAAUUGCUGCUUUAUCAUUGGCACAUAGAGUAGAUGAAGAAAGCAAGGGCUGCUAUGCGGACAAUUUUAUGUCGUCAUAUUCAAGCUUUUUGAAUGGUCAAAACUUCAGUUCGAAGAUUAUAUUUUGCACAGAUAGUUGUCUUUUACAUCACUGUAUGAACGAUGCGGACCUGAAUGGCAUUUCCUAUAUCAUUGUUGAUGAAGCUCAUGAAAGAAGCUUGAACACCGAUCUUCUCUUAGCUUUGAUCAAGAAGAAGCUGCUUGAUAGGUUGGAUUUGCGACUCAUUAUAAUGUCUGCCACUGCUGAUGCUAAUAGACUUGCUGAAUACUUUUAUGGCUGCCAAACAUUCCAUGUGAAAGGGAGAAAUUUUCCUGUUGAAAUUAAAUAUGUACCUGAUGUAUCAGUUGAUGCUUCUUUCAAUAUUGUGGCAAGCUCUUUGCGUGGUCCUUGUGCUGCUGCUUCUUAUGUCAAUGAUGUUAUAAGACAGGUAAGCAUCAUCCACAAGAACGAAGAAGAGGGUGCCAUCCUUGCUUUCUUGACAUCCCAGCUAGAAGUUGAAUGGGCUUGUGAAAAUUUCACCGAUGCAAGUGCGGUGGUACUUCCUAUUUAUGGAAAGCUUUCCCCUGUGGAACAGAGUCGUGUUUUCAAAAGUUAUUCUGGAAUGAGAAAAAUUAUCUUCUGCACUAAUAUAGCUGAAACAUCACUUACUAUAAAAGAAGUGAAGUAUGUUGUUGAUUCUGGACUGGUCAAGGACAGCAGAUUUGUGCCUAGCAGUGGUCUUAAUGUUCUGAAAGUCAAUUGGAUUUCCCAAAGUUCAGCUAAUCAACGCGCUGGCCGGGCAGGUCGAACAGGAGUGGGGAAGUGUUAUAGGCUUUACUCCGAAGCCGACUUCAGUAUGAUGGAACUGCAUCAAGAACCUGAAAUCCAAAAAGUUCAUCUUGGCACUGCUGUUCUAAGAAUACUUGCUUUGGGUGUUAAAGAUGCACAGAAUUUUGAGUUUGUUGAUGCCCCAAAUCCAGAAGCAAUCAAUAUGGCUGUGAAGAACCUUGAACAGUUGGGUGCUGUCAAUUGUAAUUGUAAUUGCUAUGAGCUGACUGAUACCGGACGCCACUUGGUCAAAUUGGGAAUUGAGCCAAGGCUUGGAAAAAUUAUGCUUGAUUGCUUUGGUUUUGGUUUGAGGAAGGAAGGUGUAGUUUUAGCUGCAGUUAUGGCAAAUUCUAGCAGCAUCUUUUGUAGAGUGGGCACUGAUGAGGAGAAACACAAAGCUGACCUUCAGAAAGUCCGUUUGUGUCACCAAGAUGGAGAUCUGUUCACUCUACUCGCUGUUUAUAAGAAAUGGGAGGACGGGCAUGAAAACAGGAACAUGUGGUGUUGGCAGAACAGCAUCAACGCCAAAACCAUGAGGAGGUGCCAGGAAACUAUAUCAGAACUUGAAAAUUGUCUAAAGCAUGAAUUGAAAAUUAUAAUCCCAAGUUAUUGGUGUUGGAAUCCUGAGGCUCCCAGUGAGCAUGAUAAGUUGCUAAAAAGAAUUAUCCUGUCAUCUCUUGCAGGUAAUCUUGCUAUGUUUUUAGGACAUGAAAGGUUUGGUUACCAGGUGAUUUCAACAGAUCAGAUUGUGAACCUUCAUCCCUCAUGCUCAUUGCUUAAUUAUUGUACCAAGCCAGAUUGGGUGGUGUUUUCAGAAAUCUUAUCCGUCCCAAAUCAAUAUCUGGUAUGCGUAACUGCUGUUGAUCAUGAUGCUUUGUAUGCAAUUCACCCAAUGUCUUCCAUUCAGCAACUGGAGAUACAUAAAUUGCAGAUAAAGGUGAUUAGUGGGCUUGGUAAUAACUUGCUGGGAAAAUUUGUUGGCAAAUCUGGCCAAAAUCAGCAGAAGAUCAUCUCACGUCUCAAGGAAGAUUGCAAGGAUGACCGAUUAACUGUUGAAGUUAACUUUAACAAUAACGAAGUUGUGUUAUUUGCUACCGCACAGCACAUGGAGAAGGUCUUUUGCAUUGUUAACAAUGCUUUGGAAUGUGAAGGUAAGUUGAUGAGGAACGAGUGCCUUGAGAGAAGUUUAUUUCCCGAGAGGUCAGGCAGUUCUCCUAUUGCACUAUUUGGCUCAGGUGCUGAAGUCAAACAUUUAGAACUUGGGAAGAGAUAUCUGACAGUAGAGGUUCUACAUCAAAAUGCAAGUGACAUCAAUGACAAGGAGCUUAUUAGCUUGGUGGAUAGUCUUGUCUCCGGUAUUGCUAAUUUUCAUAAAUCCAGUGGAAAUUUCCGGCUAGGCUCAGAUGAAACUAAAUGGGGGAAGAUUACAUUCCUCAAACCUGAAAAUGCUGAAGAUGCUGUCUCAAAAUUGAACGGGGUAGAAUUUCAUGGUUCCUCUCUAAGAAUAGUUCCUGUAUGUUCUCCUGAUAAUCAAGGUUUACGAUUUCCUUCAGUAAGAGCUAAAUUAUGUUGGCCACGUAAGGAAAGCAGGGGCCUUGCACUUGUAACAUGUGCCAGUGGGGAAGCUCAAUCUGUUGUAGAUGACUGCUUUGCCUUAGGAAUCGAUGGAAGGUAUAUCAGUUGUAGGGUUAGUACGAAGGAGGAGAACUGUGUAUUUGUCGAAAGAAUUCCAUUGCAUGUCUCGGAGCGGGAACUAUAUGAUGCUUUUCGCAGCACAACAACAAGGAGAAUCCUUAAUAUCCGCCUGCUCAGGGUCAAGGAAGCCACUAUAGCUAGCCCCUCUGUUUCUGUAUGCGAAGAAGUGCUGAUUAGAGAAAUUUCUCCAUUCAUGCCAAACAAGAGUUUUCCUGGAAAAAGUUUCCGUGUUGAAGUGUUCCCUCCCGAGGAAAAUGACUCGAUGAUGAGAGCAACUUUAACUUUUGAUGGAAAUCUUCAUCGAGAAGCUGCAAGAGCACUGGACCAUCUUGAAGGAAGUAUUCUUCCUUGUUGUCAACCUUGGCAGAUAAUACAGUGCAAGCAUGUAUUUCAUAGCACUAUGUCCUGUUCAGUGCGUGUUUACAAUGUUAUCAGCCAGGAAGUGACCUCUCUGCUUGAGAGCUUCCGAAGCCAAAAAGGUGUGUCUUACAAUUAUGAGAAGACCGAGAAUGGUAUUUUCUGAGUAAGGCUCACUGCAAAUGCCACAAAAACAAUAGCAGAUCUGAGAAGGCCACUUGAGAUUUUGAUGAAAGGGAAAACCAUAGACCACCCUGAUCUGACAUUAAGUGCAGUUCAGAUGCUCUUAUCCCGUGAUGGUGUAGCACAUUUGAAAUCAAUUGAACAAGAAACUGGUACUUACAUUUUGUAUGACAGG